AUAAGUCUAAACAUUGCUACAUUCAAGAUGUUCAGCGUAAGCACAGUUCUGGUCCUCUUAGUUUCCCAACAAGCUUUAUCACAAAUCAUCAAAGUUGAUCCUUGUAGUGUGAAUGAUGCUGAUUGUCUUAUAAAAAGUCAAACUAAAUUCUUACGAGAAGCUAGCAGAGGAACCCCAGACUCCACUUUAAAAUCAACUGAUCCUUUCCUCAUCCCUCACUAUUCACACACAUUUGAAAAGGAAAAACUGUUGGUAGAGCUUAAAAAUGUAGUUGUGACUGGCUUCAAAAAUCAGGAGAUUACUAACAGCAAAUUUACGCCAAAGGAUGGAGCCAUAGAUGCAGAUGUGGACCAUAAAUUAAGCGUGAUAAUGACUGGUGACAUGCUUCUCAAAUCCCUUGAAUCUGGAAAGCAAUUGUCUGGACCUAUUACAAUCGAAUCAAGUUUAAAUGAAAAACUGAAGUAUGUAUUGACCCCAACUGUAACCGCUGAUAAGAAAUUCAAAGGACUUAUGAUCGGACCAGAGGAAAAACAAUGCAGUGUUGUUGGUGAACCUAAGCUUACAACAACUGCUGCAUUUAAGGAUGGUUUAGUCAAGGAAAUCCCGAAGAAAUUGGAGGAGUACGAUGAUGUUCUAAGUCAACUCAAGAAAACCGCCGUUUGUUUGGCAAGUGAUGCCAUGUAUGCUGCCCAUUUAGAAAACUUGAGAAUUUCUGCAGCUGAUUAUGGACUAUACAACACAGCUUAAGUUUAUAAUAUUUUUUGGGAUUAGUUUCUAGAUUGGUAGAUAUAAAUUUGGGGUUUAUUUAAAAUACGUUAGAGAUGAAAAAAUUAGACAGCCAUAUAUAUUGUGUUUAUUAUCUUUAAUAUAUUUAAAAAAAUGGUUGUCACGACUAUAAGUUGCAUAAUAUUUACUGUAAAUAAUGUACAAGUUGCUAGUUGCAAUUUCACAAAACUUGAGAUGUAAAUUACAUUCCUUAAUUUAAAAUGUGCUGAAUAAAUUGUAAUAUAUCGCUGGUAGCGCUAAUAAAAAAU